AUGGCGACAACAUUGACGGGUGGAAACCCUCACAUCAUUCAACUCCCCUCGACGCCCGCGGCCUCCCCUCCAGAAGCUCGGGUUAUUGCUCAGCAAUGGCUCACAAGCCUCGAGAACCAGCUCGCGCGUCCCGACACAUUGAGUCUUGCCAGUCUUUUCCACGCCGAAUCAUGGUGGCGCGAUAUGCUCGCGUUGGACUGGGACAUGCGCACCGCGCACUCAUCCACCGAGAUCGAAGAGUUGCUGCGCAAACGUCAAACCCAUACACAACUCCACAACCUCCGACUGCAAGACAAGGGCAAGUUCCAACCACGCUGGGAACAAGUUGUCGACGAGUUGAGCUGGGUAUCAAGCAUGUUCUUCUUUGAGACUGCUUGUGGAACGGGCUCUGGUAUGCUGCGCCUGACGCAAGAUCAGAGCGAUGGGAAGUGGAAGGCGUACGCGGUUUAUACAUCGUUGCAGGAAUUGAAAGGGUCCGAGGAGCCACUAGGACAGAGGCGGCCCGCGGGCACAACCGAAUCCAUGCCCGGUGGAUUGGCUGGAGGGACAUGGAUCGAGAGGAGGGAGCGACAGAAGGAAUUCUUGGAUUCGGAGCCGACUGUUUUGGUCGUUGGAGCUGGUCAGGCUGGUCUAAAUAUGGGUGCUCGGUUGCAGAAUAUGAGUCUUUCGUGUUUGAUUGUUGACAAGAAUGAGCGCGUUGGUGAUAACUGGCGAAACCGGUACCGGACUCUGGUAACCCAUGACCCGGCGGAGUUUACGCAUAUGGCGUACCUGCCCUUCCCUCAAAAUUGGCCUCAGUUCACUCCCAAGGACAAGCUUGGCGACUGGUUUGAGGCUUAUGCUAGCAUUAUGGAAUUGAACGUUUGGAUGAAGACGUUUGUCACGUCUGCUGAGUACAAUGAUGCCACUGCUGAGUGGAAUGUUACCGUGACUCGUGGCAAUGGUGCCCAGCGUACUCUACGCCCUCGUCAUGUCGUCUGGUGCACAGGACACUCGGGCGAGGCACGUGUCCCUCGAUUCCCCGGACAGGAUUCAUUUCAGGGCACAGUCUACCACGGAAGCCAGCACCAAGAUGCUUCCGAAUCUGACGUCCGUGGAAAGAAGGUGAUUGUUGUGGGAACUGGAAAUAGUGGACACGACAUCGCCCAGAACUACUACGAGAACGGUGCAGAUGUGACCAUGCUUCAGCGCAGCGGGACUUAUGUCCUAACCGCCGACAAAGGCGUUUUCAUGAUGCAUAAGGGAAUGCAUGAGGAUGGCGGCCCCCCGACCGAAGAAUGCGACGUCGUCUCCGAGAGUCUCCCCUUCCCCGUCCAAUUUGCACUCAGUGUACACAUGACAAAGCGAAUCGCAAACGUCGAGAAAGAAACCCUCGACGGCCUCCGCCGCGCAGGCUUCCAACUCGACUUUGGGCCCGACGGCGCGGGUAUUGCUCGCGCAUACUACACCGCCGGUGGUGGCUAUUAUAUCGACGUCGGAUGCAGCCAGCUCAUUAUCGACGGCAAGAUCAAGGUAAAGCACAGCCCCAAGGGGAUUGAAGGCUUUGGAGAGAGGGAGUUGCGUCUUGCGGAUGGCAGUUCUCUCCCCGCGGAUAUUAUCGUGCUGGCCACCGGCUACGACAACAUGCGUACUACCGUGCGGAAGGUGCUGGGUGAUAAGGUUGCUGAUCGAUGCGCGGACGUGUGGGAUCUGGACCAUGAAGGUGAGCUGCGUUCUAUGUGGCGGCCCAGUGGUCACCCAGGCUUCUGGUUCUUUGGCGGAAAUUUGGCACUUUGCCGUAUUUACUCGAAGUUCUUGGCCUUACAGAUCAAGGCUAUUGAGUCUGAUCUAUCUCCUGGAGAUAGACUGCAGCAGAGAGCCACUAAGAUUUGA